UCGCCCUUGCUCGUCCGCUCCUGCAGCGGCCUUGGCAGUGGGCUCCUGGGGUCGCGCUCUCCCUGCUCCGGCCGCGUCUCGGGAAUGCGCGGCCGCGCCGCGGGGCAGAGCGUCAGCCUGUGCCGGGUCCCGACCCUCGACUGCAAGCCGCCAGCUCGGCCGCCCGGCUCCUGGCGCUGCCGGCGCUGCACCGCCGCCUCUCAUCCCCAGGGUCGUCGCCGCUGCGCCCCGGGAGCGCUGACUGCCCUGGGCCGCUGCCGAGCUCUGGCAGGGCGGAGCCAAGAUGUCCCCGGAGUCGAAAAAGCUCUUCAACAUCGUCAUCCUAGGAGUCGCUUUUAUGUUUAUUUUCACCGCCUUUCAAACAUGCGGCAACGUGGCGCAAACUGUCAUCAGGAGCUUAAAUAGCACGGAUUUUCACGGCAGUGGAUAUACCAGCAUGGCAAUUAUUUAUGGAGUGUUCUCUGCUUCAAAUCUGAUUACGCCAUCAGUGGUUGCCAUUGUAGGACCUCAGCUCUCUAUGUUUGCCAGUGGUUUAUUUUACAGCAUGUACAUUGCCGUUUUUAUCCAGCCUUUCCCCUGGUCCUUCUACACUGCAUCUGUUUUCAUUGGAAUUGCAGCUGCUGUACUUUGGACAGCACAAGGAAACUGCCUGACAAUAAAUUCAGAUGAGCACACUAUCGGGAGAAACAGUGGAAUUUUCUGGGCACUCCUACAAUUUAGCUUGUUCUUUGGAAAUCUCUACAUAUAUUUUGCCUGGCAAGGGAAAACUCAAAUAUCAGAGAGUGACCGAAGAACAGUGUUUAUUGCUCUGACAGUGAUCAGCCUUGUGGGGACAGUUCUAUUCUUUCUCAUUCGGAAACCAGAUUCUGAAAAUGUCCUUGGAGAAGAUGAAUCUUCUGAUGACCAAGACAUGGAAAUCAAUGAGUCUGCCCAGAACAAUAUGACAAAGGCAGUAGAUGCAUUUAAGAAGUCUCUCAGGUUGUGUGUCACCAAGGAGAUGAUCCUCCUCAGCAUCACCACUGCUUACACAGGUCUGGAAUUGACUUUCUUCUCCGGGGUUUAUGGGACCUGCAUUGGUGCUGUAAAUAGGUUUGGAACAGAAGAGAAAAGCCUCAUUGGACUUUCUGGAAUUUUCAUCGGUAUUGGGGAAAUUUUAGGUGGAAGCCUCUUUGGCCUGCUGAGCAAGAAUAAUCGUUUUGGUAGAAACCCAGUUGUGCUGCUGGGCACCCUGGUGCACUUUGUGGCUUUUUAUUUAAUAUUUCUUAACAUGCCUGGAGAUGCUCCCAUCGCCCCUGUGGAGGGAACAAACAGCAGUGCUUACAUCAGGUCCAGCAAAGAAGUCGCCAUUCUCUGCAGUUUUCUGUUGGGUCUUGGGGACAGCUGCUUCAACACCCAGCUGCUUAGCAUCUUAGGCUUUCUCUAUUCUGAAGACAGUGCGCCGGCCUUUGCCGUCUUUAAGUUUGUUCAGUCCAUCUGCGCAGCUGUGGCAUUUUUCUACAGCAACUACCUUCUCCUUCACUGGCAGCUCCUGGUCAUGGUGGUAUUUGGGUUUUUUGGAACUAUUUCAUUCUUCACUGUGGAAUGGGAUGCUGCUGCCAUUGUGGCCCGGGGCUCCGACUACCGAAGUAUCUAACAAGGUACCAGUGAGGGCCCGCACAGCUGCUGCCCCGGAGCACAGUGAAGAAGUCUGUUGUCUUCACAGUCCGGUGGAUGUCGUCGAGUAUGGAGAAUCACAGAGUUAAGACUUAACCAGCCAGAGCUGGUGUUAAAGUUUACAGAUAUUAGUUAUUUAAAACCAGUGGAAUAAGGGAAAUCUAUCAAUUAUAACUGUUCAAAGGUACUGUUUUCAAUUUAUCUCAAGUUCCUUACAGUCACGUUACAGAGUGUGGAUGUUUUUUUCUUCCUACUCUCAUUGACAGCUUCUGCCUUGAUUGAGAGUUCCAGGCCGUGUGUCAUAGCAGGGUUCUUGCUGGGUGUCGGGGGUGUCUUACUACAUAGUAACAGAAGCAUACGCCUCUCCACACGUGCAUCUGGAAUGACAUGCAGAUAGCGACGUGCUGACAUUUAGUCUAACUUUGAAAAGGUUUUUUCCUCCUUGAAUGUUUUAUUAGGUAGGUUUUCUUACCUCAGUUCGUACCAAGCUGUGGCCAAUUAAGUAUUAUAAAAUGAAGAAAAAUUAUCUUGAGUCUUAAAACAAGAAUGUAACAUCACAGCAAACAAAAAUGUGUUUAGAAAAGUAAACACAUUCACUAGGCGAGGACUUUUGAUAGUAAUUUUCCUGAAAGAUACAAUGCAAGGAAAAAAAAAAACUAGCGCGGUCUGAGCUGUGGGCAGGGUGUCGUCACUUAAGUGUAAUCUUCCAGCAGAUGCCAUUCAGUCACACGUCUGGGAGUGGAAUGUGACUGGGGAAACGGUUAAGUGGAAAUGUUAACUUUCCUCCAUAAGAACUCAUUUAAAAUUUUUAUAAUUGAGAUGUAAUUCAGAAACCAUAAAAUUCAUCAUUUUAAAAUGUGAAAUUUAAUGUGCUUUUUAAAAAAGUAUAUUUGAUAACCAUUACCAUUAUGGAGGAUACUUUCCUCACCCCCAAGAGGAGCUCCCCACCUGUCAGCAGGCUCUCCCCUUCUCUGUGUGGGAGCCACCAAUGUGCUUCUGUCUGCACUCUGGACACUUCAUGCAGGUGGGAGAGCUCACUUUAAAUGUGACACCUGUACAAAUGAAGAGAUGUAAGUCAGCCCAGAGGACAUACAAUACCUUGUUUUCCAUUAUUUUUUUUUAAACCUGCCAGAAAUUAAGAAAUUUUAUCGUUGGCCUGAAAAUCUGAAGAAAUUUCGGGUGUUUGGUGACAACAGCAGGGAGUCAGAAAACCCUGCAUUUAGGUAACUCCAGAGCGAAAUCCCCUGUGUGGCGAGCUAAGCUCUCUGGUUCCAGGCUGUGAGGUCCUGGUUUUCUUGCAGUGGAGCUAACCUCGAUUGGCUUAGUUGACCCCAUGUAAAAACGGUUUGUGAAUGCUCUUUACACGUAACACAAAUGAUCUGUUUUCUUUCUAAGCUCAUUAUUAUUUAUUUCAGUUUUGCUGAUGCAGUAUAAUAAAUGACCCCAACACUUAGGUGCGUACAGUGACACACACCUGUUAUCUCAUAGUUCAUGAGUCUGUGGGGCUGAGCUCCUGGGGUCCUCGGGUGCCCUGGCCUUGGAGGUCUGGAUGUUUCCUGGCCCCGUGGGGAGGACCCCUCGGCUCACCUGGGCAUGCCAGCAGGAGCUGGUUCCUCACUGCCUGCUGGACUCGGGUCUCCUGGUUUCCUGUGGCUGUCAGCUGAGGCCCUCUCUGUCCCUUAUGUGGAGCUGUCUGUAAGGUAGUUCCCAGCGUGGUAGUCACCUUUACUAGAGAGGACAAGAGGAGCCAGAGUGGGAGACGGAAGUCACGCUCUCUGUAGCUCAGUCUGGAAGACAACUGCCCGUGGCUUCUGCAUUCCUCUGGCGUGGCCAGCCCAAGCCCGUGCCCGGGGAGAGACUCGGUGGGCCAGGCUGUUGGUCACACUGAGGCAUUCCCAAGCCCCUCUUCUCCCAGGUUCUUGCCCUCUUGGCUCAUAGUGGAUCUUAAAACUGCUGGCAGAAGGAGGUCGAGCAGCCUGUCGGUGGUACAUCGUAACCCAGGGGAGUCGGGCUCACUGUUCCUCAGGUCCCUGAGGCGGCUGCCCAGGUGGCGAGAUGGGCGCCCACUCCCAGCAGCUCCCUGCCGUGUGCUGCCCUGCUCACUUCGAGUUCUGUGUUCAGAUUUUGUUGUUUGUUUGUUUUGGGGGCUUGUUCUCAGCAUUAAUUAAGUUACUUAAAAAUGAAAUGUGAUAAUGAAAUAAAGAAUUGAUUUUUUUUAG